GGCCAUUUCCCAUGGCCGGAGAGGGCUCAUCAUCGAGCCUUCUUCGGCUCCUUACAGCAGCUUUUGUGCUUGUCUUCCUGUCUUUGGUGUCUACAAUCCCUGUCACACACUCAUCCGAUGCCGACGUCCUUCUCCAAUUUAAAGCCACGGUAUCUGGUGCAGAGGAAGCAUUACCGGAUUGGGUGUCAGGGUCAAGCCCUUGCGUACAUGAUCAUUCCAACUGGACCGGUGUCAUCUGUUACGCAAAUAGUGUGUUUGGCUUGCAACUGGAGAACAUGAAGCUCUCAGGUGCUUUGGAUCUUGAUCCUUUAGAGGCCCUACCCGGCUUGCGUGCCCUUAGCUUCAUGGGUAAUGACUUUGUGGGUCUGAUGCCAAACCUUAAUAAACUUGGGGCCUUGAAGUCUGUGUACCUCUCAAGGAACCAAUUCUCUGGGAUGAUCCCUACUGAUGUGUUUACACAAAUGAAAUCACUCAAGAAGGUCUACUUGUCUCAGAAUGAUUUCUCGGGUCCAAUACCAAGCUCCCUCACAAGCAUCCCAAGGCUCAUGGAUUUGAGGUUGGACGGCAACAAGUUCAGUGGUACCAUCCCUGAUCUCAAGUCAUCAUCCGUAUUGAAGCUUGUUAAUGUAACUAAUAACAAUCUUGAAGGCCCCAUACCUAAGGUUUUUUCCAAGAUGAACCCGAGCUUGUUUGCAGGAAACAAGGAUUUAUGUGGCGCACCGCUCCAAGUGUCAUGCCCUGAUAUUGUAUCAUCAACAGAUUCAACAGCCUCUAGCCAGCAGCAGCUGCUGCCCAAUUCAUCCAAUUCCAAUAAAUUGUCAGCUCCAGCUCUAGUGGCCAUCAUUGGCCUAUCUCUUGUGAUCAUACUCAUAGCCAUUGCAUGCAUUAGGCGCCGCCGAAAAAGGACUGUUGCAGAAAUACACAUGGGGAAGAACCAAUCCAGUAAGAUUCAUGAGCCCCACCCCCACCAAUACCAUGCGGACAAGCUUGAGCAGGGAUUUUCUGAACCAAAAUCUGUAGCUAUGAAAGCUCCAAAGGAGGUGGAGCAUGGAAAACUUGUGUUUGUUAAGGAAGGUGGUGUGAGGUUUGAGCUCCAGGAUCUGCUCAAGGCUUCAGCUGAAGUGCUCGGAAGUGGGAAUUUUGGAGCCUCCUACAAGGCAGUACUUGUGAGUGGCCAUGCAGUAGUGGUCAAGAGAUUCAAAGAGAUGAACAGAGUGGGAAGAGAAGACUUCCAAGAACACAUGAGGAGGCUUGGGAGGUUAUCUCACCCCAAUCUGCUGCCUCUGCAGGCCUACUACUACAGGAAGGAAGAGAAGCUUUUGGUGACUCAGUACUACCACAAUGGAAGCUUAGCUCAUCUACUUCAUGGUACCCAUGGUUCAAAUCAACCAUCGUUGGACUGGUCCACUAGGUUGAAGAUCAUCAAGGGAGUUGGCAGAGGACUCACUUAUCUCUAUGAUGGUCUCCCAAUGUUAGCGCUACCUCAUGGUCACUUGAAAUCCUCUAAUGUGCUCCUUGAUGACUCCUUUGAGCCACUGCUCACAGACUAUGCACUGGUUCCAGUAGUGAACAAGACUCAUGCCACACAGGUAAUGAUGGCCUACAAAUCUCCAGAAUUUACACAGCAUGGCAAGACAUCCAAGAAGGGUGAUGUUUGGAGCUUUGGCAUUUUGAUCUUAGAGAUACUAACUGGAAACUUUCCUGCCAACUCUCUGGGAACUGGGAAAGCUGGAGAUGAUUUAGCAAGCUGGGUGAAUAAGGUAAUGAAAGAAGAGUCUUCAAAGGAGGUUUUUGAUAAGGAGAUGAAAGGAACAAAGAAUUGCGAGCAGGAUAUGCUAAAGUUAUUGCAUAUAGGACUAUGUUGUUGUGAGAGGGAUGAGGAGAAGAGGUGGGAAUUGAAGCAAGCAGUGGAGAAGAUUGAGGAGCUGAAGGUGAUGAAAGGAGAUGAUGAAAAUGAGAGUGAGGGUGAUGGUGAUGGUGAGCCUGACUCCUCUUCCUAUGCAAGCAGUGAGGGGGAGAUGAUGUCCUCAAAAGACAUCAUUGAGGAUCAAUUCUCCUUGUCCAAGGACAACUAAGAUAUCAUUGGCUAUUUACAAGAAAUCACUCGCUCAAGGGAACUAACUGAUUCUUCCCUGCUUUUCAUUCAUUCUUUCUUAUGAUUGUAUAAAACCACCUAAGUAGUGUUAUUCUACUCAAAAAUGUGUCUUAGGACAUAAAGCACCAUCUGAAUUUCCAUUCAAAAUACAGUUUUUUUUUUUCUCCAUAUAUGUUCCAAGUUUUCAAUGUUGUUAGGAUUUGAAUGAGACUUUAUUGAGUUUUUUCAUAAGGCUUUUCUGGUGCCUCUCAAAGAUACUUUCAUUUUAUUCCCGAUUGCUUUAUUCCCAAUGUAACUAUAAAUACAUAUAGAUGCAAAGAUAAAAUAUGAGAGCACAUUGUUGAGGUCUAAGGUUUGAUCAGAGGGCUCUGAAGAUACUAGGCGACUGUGGAAAACCUGGAGAACCUCGAAUGCAGCUCCUAGUGGUUAGAACUGUGAAGCUGGACUAAUAUGCAGUAACAAGCUCUAUUAUUGUUGCAUAUGUCUUAUAUGAAUGUUGUAUUACUUUUGUUAUUUUUUGAUGUAUGUUUGUACUAAGUGUGUGGAUGUUCUGGUUGUGCUAAUUGUGAUGCUUUACUGGCAUGCACAUUAGAUGUUUGUAUAAAUGCCUAGUCUAUCAUUGAA